AUGAACAUUCAGGCAAAGAGUGAUGUCCGGCGCUUCAGUUUUCCUGAGCUGGUCUUGAGUGGCCAUGGCAGUUCUACCUCUAGGGAAAAUAUUUUCAUGGGCUCAAGUUUGAUGUUGUUUCCUGUGGCCAUGCUUUGCCAGAAUCACAACACUGUUGCAGUUACAAUGAUAAUGGUCAACCACAACUACACUUGCAAUGCUCCCUUGUGGCCCUUCUUUCUUCCCUCCUGCAUCUACUGCUACAUGGUUUCUUGGCAGACAGCUACCCAGAGAGUAACAAGCUUCCUGCUGAGCUCUGAGAUCCACAUCGUUCUUAAGCAUAAACACAUCUCCUCUGAAUCAGCCUUGGACCGUCACUUCUCAUGGCAGAAUGAAACUGAAACUAAAUUGUUUCACUCAUCAGCAUCAUGUUUCUACUACGGGAAUAAAGAAUGCCAAGUAAUAAGGACACAAGUCUUGCAGAUUUAUAAAUUUGUUUUCUGUGCUGUGGCUUCUUCACUGAAACCUCGUACUGUUGUUUCUAGGAUAAAUCUGUGGAGGCUGAUGUCUGUGAUCUUUGGGAUAAAAUGUCUUUUGUUGAUGGUUACUUUGGGAGUUUUGAUGAAAAACUCAUUUACUAUACAGAGUAUUCAACCAACACCUUCUCCAACUUCCGUCGAAGAAGUUUCUGAAUGCUGUGCUUGCCUAGAAAAGUGGGUUGGAUAUCAAUGUAACUGUUACUUCAUUUCCAAAGAAGAAAAAUCUUGGGAAGAGAGCAGAGAUUUCUGUGCUGCUAAGAAUUCCAGUCUUCUUUAUCUCAAAACUAGAAAUGAAAUGAAUUUUAUGAGCUCCAGUCAAAUGUAUUUCUGGAUUGGAAUGCGUUAUAAUCAAACACGGGAUGCCUGGCUAUGGGAGGAUGGCUCAAGCCCUUCAAAAGAUCUAUUUCCAGAGUUCUCAUAUAACAAGACAAAGAACUGCAUUGCAUAUAUCCCAAGCAAAACUAUUUACAUCGAACCCUGUAAAAAUAAAAACCAUUUCAUCUGUAAGCAACUGCAUAUUUAAAUAGUUCUUAAGGCAAUGGGCAUAGACAAGAGAGGUCCAGGAUUAGUUCAAUAUUACUUAACUCUCACAAUAUUACUACCUUUUCAUCCUGAGUUGGUAGAAUGUUUCUGCAUGCUAUCAUUUUCAUACAUUUGAACCCAAGUAUUUUAUGCUUGUUGGAUUUUUCAUACCUGUGCAUAAAAUUAGGAUGAAUCAAGGUAGAGAGUUUUUAUAAAUAUUUUGAUUUAAUGCAUGCUCAAUA